AUGGCACCCAUUAUCAUUUCUUUGGGCCAUUUUUGUGACAAGCAUGGCCCAAGAGUCGUAUUAGUUACUCAAGCAGGUAUCAAAGGAUCAACCGGGGACGAGUUGCUUCUCCCGACAUACCCGACGGAUUCAUAUUGCAAAUCAUGCUCCUUGACCUUUCCAGAUGGCGACAGAAAUGAUGUGAGAUCUUUUAAAAGUAAUAUUGCAAGUAGGAGCUAUGUUACCACACAAUACUCUUCGAUACGAUAUCAGUUACUAACACUGAUCGUGAGAAGAUGCUUCUCUGAAGAGACUAUGAUUUACGAUGGCAGGCCUCUUGUGUUUUAUGAUGAUUUACGAGGAUUUAAUCUUGCGAUUGGCUUUAAACUUAGGGAUGAGACUGCUAGGGGGAAUGAAAGACGUUAUUGUUGGAUAUUAACAAUUGAUUCCAAAAACCAUAAUUCCUCAAUGAAGUUGUUAUCUGAACACUGGAAUUUUAUAACAAGUGGGUUUUCUAAGGCCAUACAAUAUAUCAAUGAGACCCAUGAUAAAGAAUCUGAAAGACAGAACAAAUUACAUAACGAAAAUAAUAUUAAAUUGAUGGAGGGGACUUAUCUUCGAGGAAAUAAAGCAAAAAUGCCAAGAAAUUUAUGUGAACUAACUAACGAUAAUUUGUUAUUCGUGCGAAUACAUAAGUGGAAUGCAUUUAUUUUGAACUCGAUUAUGGAAAGUCAUGAUUAG